AUGUCCCUAUCAUCACUCAAGCAUCUGACCAAACUGGUGGGAGCCCGCGUGCUCGUGAUGGGGGGUACUUCGGGUAUAGGAUUCAGCGUCGCUGAGGCGGCCAUGCAGCACGGCGCUCAUAUCAUCAUUAGCGGCUCCGACGCAAAUAAGCUCAGGGAUGCAUUGACCCGACUGCGCCAGUCGUAUGUAUCCCAAGCUAACGGUCCCGCCCGCUUCCUACUGGCAGCCUAUGGCAGCGCCGCCGAUGAGGCCAUCAGAGGCUGUACAUGCGACCUAGCCGAUCCCGAAGUGAUAGAGUCCAACGUCGAGGGCCUGUUGCGCUUUGCUUCCUCAUCAGGUCUAAUUGACCAUGUCGUCUUCACGGCCGGUAACGCCUUCGACAUCACGCCACCCAAGAAUGCAACCAUUGCCGCUGUGCACGAUACCAUGAUGGUUCGCUCGACGGCGCCAAUAAUCGUGGCGAAGUACCUGCCACAGUACACCAACAUGGCGCCAGGCGGCUCCUUCACCAUCACAGGCGGAUCAACGGCAACCAAGCCCCAGCCCAACUGGUCUAUCCUCGCCAGCGCCAGCGCUGCUGUAGAGGGCCUGGCACGCGGUCUCGCUGUCGACUUGCAGCCGCUGCGCGUUAAUUGCGUCGCGCCAGGCGUGGUGCAUACAGAGAUAUUCAACCGCGUCGCCGAAGAGCGGAGGGAGCUGCUGCUGAAUACAUUCAAGAAAGCGUCUACGACAGGGACUGUAGGGCAAGCGGAGGAUCUGGCCGAGGCUUACUUGUAUUGCAUGAAGGAUAAAUAUGUGACGGGGACCGUCAUUUCUUCCAACGGCGGGAGGUUGCUGGUUUAG